AUGCAAUUACUGCACGCCCAACAGGAAGGAAUGAAGAAUAUCAGGCAGUCGGAGGCUUCACAUUCUGAUGAAAAUGACAAAAAGGAAAGGGGCACGCGGAGCGGCAGCACCACCGGCACAUGCAGUGAAUUUGACGUGUGUGCGGUUUAUGACGAUGACGACGUGCCGUUGGCGGCGCAAUUUGUGCGCAGUUGCCCACCGCUGACGGAUCCCUCGUGGGCAAUGGAGGAGUUGCUUCGCAUUAAUUCUCAUGUAGCCGUGUGGACUGGAAGUGCGCUGCCAAACAGCGUAUGGGCCUUACCGGGCAGUGGCCACUGUCCCUUCGGCUCUACAGACGCGGAUUUUGCACGCAUUCGUUAG